CGGCACACCCCGCUGAGCAAGCUGAUGAAGGCGUACUGCGAGCGGCAGGGCUUGUCAAUGAGGCAGAUUAGAUUCAGAUUUGAUGGACAACCAAUUAAUGAAGCAGACACACCUGCACAGCUGGAGAUGGAAGAUGAAGACACUAUCGAUGUGUUCCAACAGCAGACGGGUGGAGUGUGUUAAGACAUGCUGUCGUUUUGAGAAGAGGAGUUUAAGGAUCCUCAUCACACCUCACUCUCUCAUCUGUCCUUGGAUUUGCUAUUAAAUAGUAAACAAAUGAACAUGCCAAUCACACGGGAUUCUUCUAAACUGUAGAGGACGUUUACCAAAAUUGCUUGUUGUCUUUGACGUACUGCGUGUGCAAGUCAAAACAGUAUCUGCAGGGAUUAAUCUAUAUCUUCAAUUGGGCCAAUUUGAUUUAAGUUCAGAUUAAGUAAUAUGCGUUGUCUCUCUGCUGUUACCUUUUGUUUUCGUGUUUUUGGGUUUUUUUUCUUUAAACCUGUGGCCUAAAUAUUCAUCCAUGUGUUAGGACAUUGAGCGUUCAUUCCUGGCUCUUGUCGGUCUUGCCCCUCUGUUUAAUUCUAAUCAUGUAAAUAAUUCAGUAUAUUUUCAUGCCAAUUGUAAGCAUAAAAGUUUCCCUUUAAGAUAUGCCUAAGAGAAGGAAAAGAGAUGCUGAGUUUUUAGUGCGUGUUGCAUACACAGUUACUUCAGAAGCGUUAAGCCUAUGACACAAGGCUGGUACAAUGCAGAUACAAUGCUCAGUAUAGAAUUGGAGUUUAAAAUAUGGCAGAUUUACAUGUGCUUUGUCAUAUUACGAUAAAGUAAUCCAAAAUAUACUUUUUUUUAAUGCAGAAAUGAGAUUUGUCCUGAAUUAUUGUCAGAAACGGAGUUAGCAGAGCAGCUGGUCCAAAAACUAACGCUCAUGAUGGAGCAGCAGUAUUUUUUGUUGUGCAAGCUUAUAAAAAGAGAAACCCGUCACUGCAACUCCAGCCGUUUGCUGAGUGACGGGCAGAAUCUGUCACCUUUCUUCUGCUCCCUUUAGUAGUACGUCUCUCUAUAUCUCAGUGGGUACUAGAAGUGUGUGGCCUCAGGUUUCUUUUUAAUACUUGUUUUUGGUAGAUAAACUUGAUAAAUGAGGAAAAAAGCGCCUUUUAAUGUCACCGAGCUGUAUGUGCAGAAGAGCUGUCAAGAACCGGGUGGGCAAGGAAAGAGAGACGUGUGUGUGCAUGUACGUGUGUUCAAAAAAAAAAAAAAAAAAUCUGCUUUACUGCCUCCCAAAACUCCUGAAUUUUGAAUGCAUUUGUGUGAUGGGUUUGAGCUCCAUGUGAAGUGUGGAGUCUGUUCCAGAUGAAUUUUUACAGAGGCCAUCCUGUUGUCCCUUGACAGGCUGUCUGCUGCUGCUCCGUGGGAUCGUUAUCUGCCUUUUAUAUUUUCCCCGACCCAUUUGGCCGUGUUAGAUCACCUCCUGCUUGCUGGAAAUCUUGCUGGAAAGGCCCUUGUUUUCUUGUUCAUUUUCUUGUAUGUGGGCUGGGGUGGGAUGUCCGGUAGAUCUCAUUGUUUAUUCACCGAUUUGUACAUUUAUUUGUUGUCCUUUACUAUUGUAUACAGUAAAUAUAGUUUGCUACUCUG